CUCCCGACGUGCCCCGCGGCCGGGCGGGGGGAGGGGCUGCCAGGGAGGCGGAGAAGGAGAAGAAAGCUACAACAUGGCGGCCACGGCCGCCCCAAAGCGCUGGGCGCUGUGAGGGGGGGCGGGGAGGAGCCCAGGAGCCAGCCCCCGGCUAGGGGAGGGGGGAGUGUCCCGUCCCCCCUCGCCCUGACCCCGAAGUGGGGCCCACCGCGAUGGGGGUCCAGGGCUUCCAGGAGUUCGUGGAGAAGCGCUGCCCGGGCGCCGUGGUGCCCGUCGACCUGCUCAAGCUGGCCCGGGCGGCGGGGGUCCGCGGGGGGCCCCCCUACUGCGGCCUGGCCGGCUACCUCCAGCCGCUGCCCGGGCCCUACCCCCCGCCUCUCGCGGCCCACUCCCAGCAUGCUCCGGGGCUGGCGGCCCACUCCCAGCAUGCUCCGGGGCUGGCGUCAGUAGCUCAUUCCCAGCAUGCUUCGGGGCUGGCGGCCCAUUCCCAGCAUGCUCCGGGGCUGGCGACGGUGGCGGCCCACUCCCAGCAUGCUCUGGGGCUGGCGGCCCACUCCCAGCAUGCUCCAGGGCUGGCGUCAGUAACUCACUCCCAGCAUGCUCCAGGGUUGGCGACAGUAACUCACUCCCAGCAUGCUCCGGGGCUGGUGACGGUGGCGGCUCACUCCCAGCAUGCUCCGGGGCUGGCGACGGUGGCGGCCCACUCCCAGCAUGCUCCAGGGCUGGCGGCCCACUCCCAGCAUGCUCCGGGGCUGGCGUCAGUAACUCAUUCCCAGCAUGCUCCGGGGCUGGCGACGGUGGCUCACUCCCAGCAUGCUCCGGGGCUGGUGACGGCCUGCCCGGCCCGGCUGCUGGUGGACGCGGACUCGGCCCUGCAGCGGCUCUAUGGCGGCUACCAGACGGACUGGGUGUGCGGCGGCCAGUGGAACGCCAUGGUGGGCUACCUGGCGGCCCUGUCCCAGGCCUGCCUCUACCAGGGCGGGCUGGAGCUGGCGGUCAUCUUCAACGGCGGGCUGGGCAAGGAGCGGCUGCCCGAGUGGGGCCGCAAGGCCCAGGCCGAGCGGCAGACGGCCCAGCUCAUCGCCGGCCACGUGGGCAACAAGGGCACCCCGCCCCCCCGCGCCUGGUUCCUGCCCCCCGCCUGCCUGGGGCACUGCGUCCGCCUGGCCAUGAUCCGCUUCCGGGUCAAGGUCUUCCAGAGCCUGGAGGACCAUCACCUGGAGGUGGUGUCCUUCUUCCGGGAGCGCGGCUUCCACGGGCUGCUGGCCCACGACUCGGAGUUCGCCCUGGCCAGCCUGCCCUGCUACUUCAGCGCCCAUGCCCUGAAGCUGAGCUGGAACGGCAAGAGCCUCACCACCAAUCAGUUCCUCAUGCACCAGGUGGCCAAGCAGCUGGGACUGAAGGUCUCCAGCUUCCCCGUCUUCGCCGCCCUGCUGGGUAACCACAUCCUCCCGGACGAGGACCUGGCUGCUUUCCACUGGAGCCUGCUGGGGCCAGACCACCCGCUGGCAUCGCUCAAGGUCCGAGCCCACCAGCUGGUGCUGCCCCCCUGCGACGUGGUGAUCAAGGCCGUCUCGGAGUACGUCAGCGCCAUCAAAGACCCCUGCAACCUAGAUGCUGUGGGGAGAGACGUCUUCAAACACUCUCAGUCCAGGACGGAGGAUAAGAUCGAGCGCUUCAAGAAAGCCGUGAACUAUUAUUCGGUGGCUGCCAAGAUGCCCCCGGCUCCUGUGGGCCCGUCCUCCUUUGUAUUGCCAGGCUAUGGAUCCAACCACUUUGGAGGAGCAGCCCCUGCGCAACGCAGCCCGGUGGGAUCCCUCCCCACGGGGAAGCCGAUGUUCCCACCCGACCUGGGGCCAAAGGUGCAGUACCAGCCGCCAGCCCCGCCCCCCUCCUUCCCCCCGGGCCCCAGCGCCAGCCUCCUCUUCUCCCCCCACCUGCUCGGAGACGUGCCCCCCUUUCACGAGGAGCCCGGCCUGAAGGGCGGCGACUUCAGCAGCUGGGCCAGCGCCUACAACGCCAAGUGCCCCCCCCACCAGCGGUGCCCCAAGCCCUCCCCUUCCUCCGGGCCGGCCUCCUCCCCUUCCUCCUCCUCCGACGGGGAAGAGCACAACGGGGGCAGUGCCAACCAUGUCUCCGAGGUGCUGCAGCCGAAGUCUGGCUGGGUGCGGCCCGGUGCCGAGAAGCUGAGCCAGGGCUGGGGGGGCUCCGGUGACACCGACGGGCCCCUGGCUGGGCCCGAGCCCUCCAUCCCCUCGCUGCUUUCCAUGGCCACCCGCAACCACAUGGACAUAACCACCCCCCCGCUGCCCCCCGUCGCCCCCGAGGUCCUGCGGGUGGCUGAGCACCGGCACCGACGCGGCCUCAUGUACCCCUCCAUCUACCAUGUUCUUACCAAGGGCGAGAUCAAGCUCCCCGUGUGCAUCGAGGACGAGUGUAACACUGAGUUGCCUCCAGCUGCCGUCCUCUUCCGCGGUGCCCGGCAGCAUAUCUACGGGGUGCUGUUCGGCGUGGCUGAGAACCAGCGCCGGGUGGAGCGCCUGGCCAUCCGCCGCCGCAUCCCCACGGAAGUGCCGCCGGUGAUCAUCAAGGAGUGGGCGGCCUACAAGGGGAAGUCCCCGCAGACGCCGGAGCUGGUCUCGGCCCUGGCCUUCCGCGAGUGGACCUGCCCCAACCUGCGGAAGCUGUGGCUGGGGAAGGCGGUGGAGGACAAGAACCGGCGUAUGAGGGCCUUCCUGGCCUGCCUGCGGGCCGACACGCCCGGCAUGCUGAACCCGGCCAGCGUGCCCACGCACCUGCUGCUGCUGUGCUGCGUGCUGCGUUACAUGAUGCAGUGGCCCGGAGGGAGGAUCCUUCAUAGGCACGAGCUGGACGUGUUCCUGGCUCAGGCGGUUUCCUCUCAGCUCUAUGAGCCGGAUCACCUGCAGGAGCUGAAGAUCGAGAAGCUGGAUGCCCGGGGCGUGCAGCUGGCAGCCCUCUUCAUGAGCGGAGUAGAUACGGCUCUGUUUGCCAAUGAUGCCUGCGGGCAGCCGGUGCCCUGGGAACACUGCUGCCCCUGGAUCUACUUUGAUGGGAAACUCUUCCAGAGCAAGCUCAUCAAAGCCACCCGUGACAGGGCCCCGCUCAUCGACCUGUGUGAUGGGCAGACAGAGCAGGCGGCCAAAGUGGAGAGGAUGAGACAGAGCAUCCUGGAGGGCGUGAACUUCAACCGCCAGGCCCCGCCCCCUCUGCUCCCGCCCCCUCCCUUCGUGCCUGCCAUGGCCGCGCCCUUCUAUUCGAUGCCCCUCUACCCCCGCACCACGGGCUCUGUGCCGCCGCCAACGCCUGGGAGGAGCAGAGGGUUCACAGGUCUCCACCCAAUUCCGCCUCAGGGGGGCAAGCUGGAGAUCGCUGGCAUGGUUGUUGGCCAGUGGGCGGGCAGUAAGCCCUCGCGGGGGCGGGGCUCCUUUGGGAUGCAGGUGGUGUCUGUCGGGGGACCUGGGAAGGGACGCAGUCGAGACGGAUCUGGAAAACUCCCCAAAGGAAACAAGAAGCUUAGCAAGCAGGGCUCGUUGGAGGGAGCAGCCAAAGCAGCGGAGUUGCAGAGCGGGCAGCCCCCGUCGCAGGUGAACGGGGGCGAGGAUUCGGGGGGCGGUCCCUGCCCCCCGGCCCCAUCACAAUGUGCCUUAGCCAGAGACACUGACCCCUGCAGUGACGAGGGCCAGUACUGCGGGCGGCUGGCCCAGGAGGUGGAUCGCGGCCCCAACACCAAGCUGCCCCUCCCGGCUCUGCAGAAGGAAGAGUGACGAGGGGGGGACCUGA